AUUUUAAUAAUGAAUAAUUAAACAAAAUGAUAGAAUACAGAUUGUUAGCAAAUAUUUAUUAUUUAAAAUCAUUAAUCCCUUAUAUACUAAAAUAGAAGUCACAUAACAAAUCAAAUACUGACACAUGGCAUUUAUUUACAAAAUUAAUUUAAGUUUGAUUUUUAAAAAUUCUGAUUCUGAUUUUUUUGAAACUGGAAAUGCUUAAUCCUUAAUUUUUUUCACAUUAUCACCACUAUGUUAACUUUGAAACUGUUUUAUAUUUUAUUUAUUUUACUCUCCUUAUCUUCUUUGCUUCAUUCUCCUUAUGGUGAGUUCUUCGUCUGAUCAAAAAUAUAAUCGAUACAAGUUAGGUAUUUAUAAUGAUGUAAAUUAGGUGUUUAUAAAUUUGUUUUUUCUAAACCUUAUAGGCUUGACUAUUUGGCAAAUCUGUUUUUUUUUAAGCAGAGUAUCUAAUAUUAUCUUACAAAAUUUAUAUUAUAUAAAAGUUGUCUAUUUUUCAUACAUGCAUGUAGGAUUGUAGGGGUGUCAAAAUAGGUAAACCAACCCAAACCAAACCAUAUCCAAAUGGUUUUAAGCUUAUAUGGGUUAUGGUUUUAACCAAUCCAUUUGUCAAAUAGAUUGGGUAAAUCCAUAACUCAUUUAAGUUAAUGAUUUAAUGGUUUUAAUGGUUAACUCAUGAAAAAUAAUUUUAUAGCUUAAAUGAUUACUAAGUAAAAAUAUUACUUUGGGGCUGAAAACAAAAGGAAUACUUAGACUUUUGAUAAAUACAAUUAUAUGGUUUUGGUGUUAAAAACAAUUUUAUUAUUUUAGCAGAGAAGAUAAUUUUGUGAUUUUAGUGCGAAAACUAUUUUUAACAUUUUUGCGGGAAAACAAGAUUUUCUGUUUUAGUAGAAAUACAAUUUUAUGGUUCUGGCAAGAAAACACAGUAUUACGGUUUUGGCCGGAAAAUACAAUAUUGCGGUUUUGGUGAAAAAAGAUGAUUUUGCGGUUUUGGCGAGAAUAAUCAAUUUUGCGGUUUUGGUGGGAAAACUCAAUUUUACGGUUUUGCCAAGAAAACAUAGUAUUAAGGUUUUGGCCGGGAAAUACAAUAUUGCAGUUUUGGCGGGAAAACAUGAUUUUGCGCUUUUGGCGGAAAAAACCAAUUUUGAGAUUUUGGUAGAAAAUUUCAAUUUUGCGGUUUUGGCGAGAAAACUCAAUUUUACGGUUUUGGCGGGAAAACUCAAUUUUACGAUUUUGGCAGUAAAUUCAAUUUUACGGUUUUUACGAGAAAACACGAUUUUGCAGUUUUGGCGGAAAAACUCAAUGUUACGAUUUUGGUGGAAAAACUCAAUUUUGCGGUUUUGGCGGGAAACUCGAUUUUAUGGUUUUGGCGGAAAACUCAAUAAUACGGUUUUGGCGGAAAAACUCAAGUUCACGGUUUUGGCAGUAAUUUCAAUUUUACGGUUUUCACGAGAAAACACGAUUUUGCAGUUUUGGCGGGAAAACUCAAUUUUUCGAUUUUGGGAAAAAAAAAACUCAAUCUUGCGGUUUUGGCGGGAAACUUGAUUUUAUGGUUUUGGCGGAAAACUCAAUUUCACGAUUUUGGUGGGAAAACUCGACUUUGCCGUUUUGGCGGGAAAUUUUUAUUUUACGGCUUUGGCGGGAAAUUUUUAUUUUACGGCUUUGGCGGGAAAUUAUGUCAUAUGUUCAGUUAAAAUCACUAUAUGGUUUCAGUUGAUUUUCCAAAAUUUUAGGUUUGUAAAAGUUAUAACACAUUAAAAUCGUAUCUUAAUUUAUUUUUUUAGUUCGGAUAACUAGAGUUUUUAAGGUCAUUUGGCUUUUAACCAUAAACUAUGGUUGUAUCUACUUUUAUUUAAAAAAUCCCUAUUUUAUUUUAUAUGGUUACAUAAUGGAUUUUCUAUAACAAUUUACUAAAACAGAGAAUAAACUAAUUUAGUUUUGGUAAUUUUAACAUAUCAUUUUAUCGUAUUUUCUGUGAACCCAAUAUUUAUUAUUUACACAGAGGUGUGGAAAAAUAGAGUAAUAAUGGAGUUGUAAAUAGUUAGAAAUAAAAGAGCAACAUUUAUGUGGAAGCACCCUAGCCUAUUGGUUAAGGUUUAAAGGCUUCUACACCCAUGUCUGGGGUUCGAAUCCCAGACUAUGCAAUUUCUUGCAGAUUAUAGGAUGCAAGGAUUUCGGAGGUUCCAGAGUACUGUAAGCAGAGCCGUUCGUUGUGGUCGCCUGUUGCGGUGAGAGCCUGUCCAUCGAGGAUGUCGUACAUGCAGAACCGUCCGUGGUUUCAAGUGUUUCGGGGAGAGCUUCAUCGUGGAAUCAUUAUUCGUGAAGUUGUUCAUCAAUAUCGCAUAUGUUGCAGGUAGUUGAUAAUCAUAUGUAAUAGAUUUAGAUAUUAUAUGAUGAUGUAAUGUGUUACCCAAAGUUUUAAAAAAAGAGCAACAUUUAUAAAUAUGUGCUUAUUUAUCUACAAAUAAUAAUAAGAAUAAGGUUGUUAUUUCUUAAUAUGAUUACAUGUCAGUUCGAUAUUAGCGGCUUGAUCUCUGUAACUAUUUAUUAGAUCAUCCCAAUUUCAAAACUCUUUAUUGUUUAUCCAAGAUCAAUGAUUUGAAUUCGCAAUAUUUUAUUUCCUUAAAUCCGAUUUAAAGAAUUCUCUGAAGAUAUAGGAGCAUCAAUUUUUUUUUCUCAAAAGUGAACAUUGUAAGCUACUUUAAAGGUAUCGGAGAAACAAUAAAAAUUCGUUGCAUUGUAACAUAAAAUCAUUUCUUUAUAUUCUCAGAGUAACCAAAUACAGUUUGGUUCGGAUCAGGUUAAUCAUAGGGUAUUAAAUUAAUACUCGACUUUCAAUUUAUAAAUUUAAUGUGUUAUAUACACAAAUAGACUUUGAUCAAAGAAAAUACAAACUGGACUUUCAUUAUAGAUGGAAAGUAAUCUUCUAUUUUAAAAUGAAACUAUUUUAUUUCGCAAGUAUCAACUUUGUUAUUUAUUAUUCUUUAAUAAUGCAUACAUUUAAAAAAAAUUGCAAUGAAAUAAAAUAAUUAAUUUAAUUGAAAGCCAAAAAGUAUUCAAAACAUUUCUUUGAAAACCUAAUAAAUAUUCUCAAACAAUUAACAAAAAUUAGUCAAAACUGCAAACAAUCACUAAUUAGUAGUCUUAUCGUGUAUGGUAAAGAUUUAAAUAAACUCAUAAAAGUUUAGUCAAAAUUUCCAGAUAAUUUAUUACUUGUAUUUGUGGUAGAAGGUUGAAUAAGGAUAUUGUAUUAAUAUGGUAAGAAAAUUAAACAGACCAUUAUAAUAUGGUAGAGCUAAAAAUCAAAACACAUAUGCUAUAUAUAUAUGAGUAACUUAGUCAAGAUUUCUUAUGCAUCUUUUCAACUAACUAAAUAUAACUGAGAUUCAAGAGAGCAUUCAAUAAAGAAUUUCUAUCAGUUUUUAAGGUACACAUGCAAAUUUUAUGAUAAAUCUAAUCACUACUGAUAUUAUUACAUAUCAGAUUUUUAUAUUGCAGCACUAUCACAGAAUAUAUUAAUCUUUGUCAUAAUAUGCUUAGUUUUGAAAUUAUAUUGAUUUACUUAUAAGAAAUAAUACAUAUUCCCAAUUUGAUAUUUUGAAAUUUCUUUAAAUAGAAAAAUUAUAAUCGUAAAAGGCCGGUAAUUAUAUGUUUUAGAACAAUGCUUGUUCAUUUCCGUCGUGUUGUAUAAAUUUAAAUUACAUUUUUCUAGUGACUUACAUUAUUGUAUAGACUAAGGAAAUAUUUUUUUCUUAAUCUCUUGAAAUAUUAAAUUUUCAAAACAAUAAAUUAUAUAGAAGCAUUAAUUAAUUAUUUGCUUGCCAUUUUUGAGUUUAUAUUACUUAAUGCAAUUUUUGAGUCUCUUUGAUUUCCCAGUUCAUAUAACAGAAUCUCAUUAUUGUUUCUUUAAAUAAAAUUUGGGAGUUCAAAUACUUAAAAUUGUUUGUAAUUAUAUGUAGUAAAAAAAAUUCUGUUAGAUUCUUGGAAUUGAAUGUUUUUAUUCAUAGUAUUAUUUUGAAAUUUACAGGAAUUGAUGUCAAAAGAGAUGGCAAAAAUAAAUCGAGAUGUGCUAUUGCUAAGAGAAGAUCAGGCUCCUAAAGUUGGAGCAAGCUUGAGCCAAUCUGAACCAAGGAAGAUGUCAAUGGUUGGCAUUAAACCUCACAUACCUGACUUGAAUGUGAAACCUUGUUCUGAUUCCGACGAGGAAGAAAAAGGAGAAAUUGCAAAAGAAUUUCAGAAUCUUGCAGGUUUAAAAACUCAUGAUGCCUGUUACGUUGAUCAUAAGCUUUUGUACGAGCUUGAGGUCGAGAUCAUUGCUCGUCUACCAUGCUUUGAAUACUGGAAACUGCAGUUUCUUAACAAGAAAUUCUUGCAGUUAUUAAAGAGCUGUGAAAUUUUCAGGGUGAGACAAGAAAAAGGACUUGUGAAACCCUAUGUGAUUUUGCAUUCAGGGGCUGUAUCUAAUUGGGAAAUGUUUGAUAAGGAUUUUAAAACCUUUCGGAGACUUCCUAAAGUUCCUUCUUCUGACUAUUGCUUUUUCCACAGCGAUAAGGAAACAGUUAGUGUGGGUACUCAACUAAUUGUCAUAGGGAGAGAAAUAGAUGGAAUUGUGGUGUUUCGCUAUGAGCUAGAGAAUCAUAAGUGGUUCAAAGGUCCUUCAAUGAUCACACCAAGGACCAUGUACGGUUCUGCGAGCCAUGGUAAAACCGUAUUUUUUGCAGGAGGCAUUAAAAUGGAUGAAAAUGGGAACCCUGUUGUUGUGCAAACUGUAGAAAAGUAUAAUGCUGAUACAAAAAGGUGGACUAUGAUCAAUGGAAUGCAUAAAGCAAGGAAGUUCAGCUCAGGAUGUUUCUUGCGUGGAAAAUUUUACGUCCUCGGUGGCCGAGAUGAUAAUGAUAAGCACCUCACUUGUGGAGAAAGUUAUGAUGAGACGACCAAUUCGUGGGAGUUGAUACCUGACAUGCUAAAAGACAUGACAGUUAUUGCGCAUUCCCAAUCUCCGCCCCUUAUUGCUGUGGUUGAUGACAAUCUAUACAUGUUAGAAACAUCUUUGAACGAGCUUCGGGUAUAUGAUAUAAAAACAAAUAUUUGGAAGAAACUUGGUGUUGUCCCUGUGGGCGCAAACGCUGCUUUCGGUUGGGGGAUUGCGUUUAAAUCGAUGGGAGACAGACUUCUAGUGAUUGGAACUUCUCACUAUUGGCAUAGUAAGACAGUAGUUCACUCAUGCCGUCCUUCUCCAGACGUGGAAGAGCAGCACUGGGAAGAAAUAAAACAUUGGUGUGUUGGUGCUGAGCUCCCACAGUUUAUUCAUAACUGUUGUGUGAUGUUUGCUUAAAGUUUUCUCCAAGGAAAACUUGAAAACUUAUUUGUUUUUGCAUUUGUGCUUAAAGUUGUUGCAUUUGGUUUUUAGUUGUUUGGUUUGUGUUUUUCUGAUUUUUUUUGUUUUUCAUUUGGGAUAAAAAUGUUGUUGUUUUUUGUUUGUUUUAAGUGCUUAUGUUUGUGAAAAAAUACAUAUGUUGUCUAUGUAAUGGUUAUUUAUUUAUUUUGGUUUUUUUUCCCUCUUCAGCCAAAAAUGUCAGUGACAAAAUGGGUAAACCAACCCAAACCAAACCAUAUCCAAAUGGUUUUAAGCUUAUAUGGGUUAUGGUUUUAACCAAUCCAUAACUCAUUUAAGUUAAUGAUUUAAUAAUUUUAAUGGUUAAGCCAUGAACAAUAGUUAUAUAGCUUAAACGGUUAAUAAGUAACAAUAUUACUUUGGGGCUGAAAACAAUAAGAAUACUUAGACUUUUGAUAAAUACAAUUAUAUGGUUUUGGUGUAAAAAACCAUUUUAUAAUUUUAGCAAAAAAGAUAAUUUUGUGAUUUUAGUGAGAAAACUACUUUUAAAGUUUUUGCGGGAAAACAAGAUUUUCUGUUUUAGUGGAAAUACAAUUUUAUGAUUUUGGCGAGAAAAAACAGUAUUACGGUUUUGGCCAAAAAAUACAAUAUUGCGGUUUUGGUGGUAAAACACGAUUUUGCGGUUUUGGCAAGAAAAUUUAAUUUUGUGGGUUUUGGUUGGUAAACUCAAUUUUACGGUUUUGGCAAGAAAACAUAAGUAUUACGGUUUUGGCCAGAAAAAUACAAUAUUGCAGUUUGGCGGGAAAACUCAAUUUUACGUUUUGGCGAGAAAACUCAAUUUUUACGAUUUUGGCAGUAAAUUCAAUUUAACGGUUUUUACGAGCAAACACGAUUUUGCAGUUUUGGCGGAAAAACUCAAUUUUACGGUUUUGGCGGGAAAUUCGAUUUUAUGGUUUUGGCGGAACACUCAAUAUUACAGUUUUGGCGGAAAAACUUGAGUUCACGGUUUUGGCAGUAAUUUCAAUUUUACGGGUUUCACGGGAAAACACAAUUUUGUAGUUUUCACGGGAAAACUCAAUUUUUCAAUUUCGGCGGAAAAAUUCAAUCUUGCGGUUUUGGCAGGAAACUCGAUUUUAUAGUUUUAGCGGAGAUCUCAAUUUUAUGAUUUUGACGGGAAAACUCGAUUUCACGAUUUUGCCGGGAAAACACGACUUUGUCGUUUUGGCGGGAAAUUUUGAUUUUACGGCUUUGGCGGGAAAACUUGAUUUUACGGUUUUGGCAGAAAAAACACGACUUUGCGGUUUUGGCGAAAAACAUGAUUUUGUCGUUCCUGUGGGAAAAUGAAAUUUAGCGUUUUGAUGAAAAAAAAUCCAAUUUAGAGUUUUGGGGGAAAACUUGAUUUUAUGAUUUGGUAAAAUUUAUGAUUAAAUUUGGCUUAUUAAAAAAUCAAGAUAAAAUAGUUUUAUAUAUAUGAAAAGUUGGGUGUUAACAAAUAUAUAUAUAUAUAGAGAAAUUCUUCUAAAUAGACCAUUUUCAAGUUUUGGUUACAAAAAUAGAUCACAAGGAAGAAAAUAACCAAAAUGUUACAUUUAAGAGUUAUUUUCACAUAUAGACACAAUAUGACUUUUUAUUACACUGCAGGGCACAAAGUGCUACUGAGGUAGUUUUCAGUGGUUGAAGACAAAUUUAACCUUCAAAAAGUGAAACCAAGGAUGGGCAAUUAUGUAAUUAGACGUGGGCUUUCUAGUUGGACUGGUUAGAGUUUUUUGAAAUUUGAAAACAAUUGGUUUGGUGGUGGUGGUGGUGGACGUGAAUCUCAUAUGAGAUUGGGUUUUUUUUUUCUUUACUCGUGAAAGUAAUUGUUUUGUUUAUUUACUCUUUUUAUUUAUUUCCAGUAAAAGUAAGAACAAAGAACUCAGAAACCGACGAACGGAGAAGCCAACAAACAAGAUUUCCGGACGGAGAAGACCUGUCGUCUCAAAGCGGAGAGUUUCAAAGGGCGAGGCUAAAGGUUGGAUACUUUCCUUCCUCUCAGUUUCAUUGAUUUGGAUUUCAAAUUAGAGAUUAGAGUUUCGAUUUCUGGGUUUCGAUUUUUUUAGUUUGGUAAAAGCCUCGACGUGAGGUGUUAGGGUUUCGAUUUGGGGGUACAGUUCUAGAUUUAUGCAAAACUCCCAUUGGGGUUUUGAUUUGUAGAUUAGGAUUUCGAUUUAGGGGUGCGGUUCUAGAUUUCCAAGUUCUCGAAAAAAAAUUAUGGUUUUUGUUUGUUUUACAGAGAUGUCGCAAACUGAAGAGGUGAAUGGAGGAAAAGGUCAAAGCUUGUUGCUAGUUUUGGUGUUUUGACAAAACUAUGGUCGGAUGUACACCAACAUGUGUGUACAUAUGAACAACCAGGAUUUUGUACAUGUGUACACGCAUGUAUAGAUACAUAAUAAGUAAUGUAGAUAUGAAUGUUCUUGUUGAUAGGUUGACAUGUAUAUGUUGUGUUUGUUGGUGUAGGAGUCAGUACAUAUGAACACUAUCAAUCUAUUCCAUUGCAAAAUAUGAAUAUAAGUAAUGUAAACCUUCCAACAUAUAGCAAUACCAAUAUAUAUUGAGAACCAUUUAAAAUAUUAUUAUAAACUCAAUCAUAUAUAUUUCAUUGAUGGAGUGGAUGAAAAUUGUUUAAACCAACCAUCUGAAAGAGUGUGUACAUAUGGACAAUAGAGAGAGUGUGUACAUAUGGACAUUAGAGAUCGAGAACUCGUGGAUUGCAAUAUAACCAUAAAUGUGUAUUUUUAUGACUUUAAAAUUUUGAUUGGUUUAUGUUAGAUAGUUGUAUGUAGUAUCACUAGAUGUAUUUUGUGCUGGAUGAAUGGACUGGAUCUUUGUGAAAAAAAUACUCAUGUGUACACAUGCGAACAAUAUCCACGUGUAUACAUUAGGAACUUAGCUGUACAUAUGUACAACUAAUGACCUAGUUACAUGUUUGUAUGGUUUGUAGUGGAUGUGUGUAUUGAAUUCGUUUUGGUUUGCCGUGUUUCAAUGGUUGCGAGUGGCCUGGUCUCGCGCGGUGGCGGAGUAGAAGGUGGGACUUGGGGGGAGUUGUUGGAACGGGCAGGGGGUGUACGCGUGGACGCCGAGGAGUGUACACGUGGAUUAGUCGACUUAUGUACACUGUUGGGGGUGGAAGUAGGUUGUCCAUGUGGAUUAUGGAUUCUUUGUACUCCGGCUGAAGAAGUUGUUGGUUGUCCAUGUGGAUACGUCGCCAGUUCUUUUGAGUUCGGAGGCCAGUAGCUCAAAGAGGCUUGUGGGCGUGCUUGGUUGUUAGGAAAGAACUCCGUCAAAAUAUUGUUCUGCAGUUCUACCAAGGUCAUGGAGGGGCUAAGCGACACGAUCCUCAACAUUUGUUGUUUGUCGAUGGAGAAGUUUCAGUUACCGUCGUCUGCGGUUUUCCAUUCUCCGGCAAUUAUCAUACAGUGGUCAGCCAUGGUGGUCACCUGCGAACAACAAAACAUUCUUUAAUUAGUACGAGUCAACGUUAAUUAAAAAGACAAUUAUCUUGUUAAUUAUGUUACAAACCACAGCUUAUUAAUGUCCUGAUUUCGCAGUAGAUUAUCUUGUUAAUUUGCAGGUUAAUGAGGAUUGAAAGAGAUGACUUUACUUAGAGAAGAGGAUGAGGGAAGUUGGGGAACAAUGGAAAAUGAUCUAGACCGUCGAUUCCAAAAGAUUGAUCUAACGGUUUAGAAGGUAAGCAGAGGAGGUGUCUUUUCUAGAUCUAAGAGAUUAAAUCGCAGACGUUGAAAAUAAAGUAAAAUCAAGGGAUAGGGAUAAAUCCCGCCAGAAACAAAAAGGAGAAGAAACUGGGUGCUUGAUCUGUAACGAAAUGGGAGAAUUAUUAGUUAGGAAAGUUAUUAGAGUUAGGCCAAGUUGUUAGGUAAAGUGUGUAGGUAGAACAAAGUGUCCUAGAGUGUGAAUAAAAGAGGAAAAGUGUCCUAGAAUGUAAAUCUUUCUUCAUUUAAUAGGUAAAAGGACCCACCCUAAUACCCUAGAUAUAAAAAAAAUUAAAAAAACUAAAAAAUAUUUUUUUUAUAGUUUUAGAUUUUAUGUUUUCAAAUUCCAACUUUUUUAUAAAAAAAAAAUUUUGAAAUUUUUUUUUAUUUUUUUUUCAAAUUUUCUUUUUGUAAUUCAAAAAUAAUUUUUGAAACUAUUUUUAAAAAAGAUUAUUUUCACAUUUUUAAUAUUUAUUUUUUAUUUUAUAAAAUUUUAAAUCUUAAUCUCAAAUCUCCACCCCUUAACUCUAAACUCUAAGGUUUGGAUUAGUUAACCCUAGAGCUAUAAGUAUAUGUUUACUUUUUUAAUGAAACAUUUUAGUCAUUUUGAUCUAUAGAGUCUAUAUUUGUGACAGCAACUUUUUUAGUGUUAUCCUAGAGUAUUUCCCAUAUAUAUAUAUAUAUAUGUGAAUAAUUGGGUUAGAUUUAGUUUAUUAAAUUGAGUUAUAUAUAUAUAUGAAAAAAAAAUCUGGUGUAGUAAAAUUGGUUUAGAAAUUUGGUUUGUUUUUUUGUUUAUAUAUUUGAUUUGAGUUUUUGUUUGUUAUAAAUUGUUAUUGGUUAGUUAUAGAUAACUCAUUAUGCAUUACAAUCCAAACCAUUUUAACCCAAUCCGUUAAAUUCAUUAACCCAUUUAAUCCAUUAAUCCAUUUGUACUCAAUUAUUCUAUCCAUUAAGAUCCAUGGUUUGGAUUGGUUUGGGUUGAUCCAUUAACUUUUACCCAUUUUGACAUCCAUACAUGCAUCUUUAAUGUCAUGGUUUUAUUAUAUUAAUUCUAAGUAAAUUUUAUUUGAAGUAAACUUAGUUACAAAAAAUACAUAAUGUAUGAUUAUGAUAUUUUUAUGUGUUAUCUAGCUCUAGAAAAAUGUGUCUAAAUAAGUUCGAUUGUGAUAGAAAAAACUAUAAUGAGGCUCAACAACUAUAAUGAUGCAAAUUAGGUAUUUAGGCAAAUCUGUUUUUUUUUUAAGCAGAGUAUCUUACAUUAUCUUACAAAAUUUCUAUUAUAUAAAAGUUGUCUAUUUUACAUACAUGUUUAAUGUCAUGGUUUUAUUAUAUUAAUACUAAGUAAAUUUUAUUUGAAGUAAACUUAGCUACAAAAAAAUAUAGAUUUACAGCUACUCUUGGAUGUUCCGCAAAAUCCUUGGUAUGAGACCAAAAGCUCUACCCUUUUUGAAAAUCUCUGUGAGAAAUGGUGAUUCCACUUUCUUUUGGUGGGAUCCUUGGACACCAUUUGGGCCUCUAUUCACCUACCUGGCUUCAGAUGGUCCUUCACUGUUGGGCAUUCCCGUUGAUACUACUAUUGCUGAUCUACAGACAACCUCGGGCUGGCUCUUACCAAAUCAAGAUCAGAUAAACAACUGCUCUUAUUCUCGUACAUCUCCUCCCUUCAGCUUCAUGAGGGGUCAGAUGGAGCAUGUUGGUCAAUUGAAGACGUACCUAGUAAAUCCUUUAAAUCCAAGAUUGUCUUCAACGCCAUACGGACUCAACGUCAAAGGAAGGCUUGGGCACCGCUCAUCUGGCAUAAUGCUGUGAUUCCUAGACAUAAUAAAACAGCAUGGCUAUUCACCCUUAACAGGAAUCCAACUUUCGACCGCAUUGCUUCCUGGAGCUCUGACGUGGAAACUGUCUGUUUGUUGUGUGGAAAUAGCAAUGAAAGCAGGGAUCACCUUUUUUCACAUGCUCUGUCUCCUCUGUUGUAUGGAACUCUAUCAUGUCUAGAUUCGGCAUAGCAGACUGGCCUUCAUCUUGGUCAGAGGUCUUACUAUGGCUGCCUCAUGCUCCUAGUAAUAACACACAAAAGACGGUUUUUCUUCAAGGCUGGCAAGCAUAUAUCUAUGAGCUUUGGAGAGAAAGAAAUAGGCGUCUUCAUGAUGGCCUUACAUGGCCUGCUGCUAGGGUGGUAAAGCUCAUCCUUUCUUCUUUGCGGGAUAAAUGCUCGGCAAUGGAGGCUCAAGGUCUCCCGAGAGGUCCCUUGUUAGCUUCCUUUUGGUUUGACCCACCAUAAUGCCUUUUCUCAUUCUUGAAUUCUGGUUGUAUAUCUGGCCUUCAUCUUGGUCGGAGGUCUUACUAUGGCUGCCUCAUGCUCCUAGUAAUAACACACAAAAGACGAUUUUUCUUCAAGGCUGGCAAGCAUAUAUCUAUGAGCUUUGGAAAGAGAAAAAUAGGUGUCUUCAUGAUGGCCUUACAUGGCCUGCUGCUAGGGUGGUAAAGCUCAUCCUUUCUUCUUUGCGGGAUAAAUGAUCGGCGAUGGAGGCUCAAGGUCUCCUGAGAGGUCCCUUGUUGGCUUCCUUUUGGUUUGACCCACCAUAAUGCCUUUUCUCAUUCUUGAAUUCUAGUUGUAUAUCUGUUCUAAAGCUUGCUUCUAUUCUUUGUUAAUAUUAAUGAAAAUCCUUUAACAAAAAAAAAAGAAUGUAUCAGUUAUGACAUUUUUAGGUGUUAUCUAACUCUAGAAAAAUGUGUCUAAAUAAGUUCAAUUGUGAUAAAAAAAAACAAAACUGUUGCACUUUGAUUUUUAAAAUAUAUAAUUUAAAUGCAUGCAAAAAUUUUACUCGUGCUUAGCACGGGAUUAUAUACUAGUUGCUAUAUAUAUCUUAAUCACAUUUGAAAAAUUUAUAGGUUUUAUUUAAGAAAAGAAUAUAUAAUAGUUUCAUUUUGAUAAAUGAAUGGUCCAUGACAUACUAUAUAAUAUAACAUUCUCUAGCAAUUUAAUUUUGGAUUAACAAAGUUUUCGAUUGAUUCUCAAUCCGCCACAUAAGCAAAAUUAGCAUUUUAAUUACAUGACAAUUAAGCAUAACAUUUUUUUUAUUUAGUACAAACUAUAUGUUAUAACUUUUUAAAUGAUUUUAUAUUAAUAUAUAAGAAAUUAGAUUUGUUUUAAGAAAAGACAAUUUAGUAUGGAUCUAUUUUAAUUAGUUAAAACUUAAAACAAUCAACGUAAAAGAUAGCAACAAGAGAGAAAGUUUUAGGAUUCAAACAUUUUGAGCGAGGAUACAACGUAUAUAAAUAACAUUAUUUAUGUUGUUUUGUUAAAUCUAUUUAAAUAAGUAGAAUUUAUAGGACGAAACAUGAUGAUGACAAAAAAAAAAAAUAUAGGACGAAACAUGAUUAAAA